AGCCACGCCCUCUCCGCUGUUUGAGUCCAGAAGACGUCUGCGUAGCUCAGAGCCGCAUAGCAGACAUUAUUGUUCAUCUCGUCUGAAGGCUGUAGCGUUUUCUAAUAUGGUUUGUGGCGGUUUCACCUGUUCGAAAAACGCCCUCUGCUCCCUGAAUGUUGUUUACAUGCUGGUUGGGCUGCUGCUCAUCGGAGUGGCAGUCUGGGGGAAAGGCUUCGGCUUGGUGUCCAGCAUCCACAUCAUCGGCGGCGUCAUAGCGGUGGGCGUCUUCCUGCUGCUCAUCGCCAUCGUUGGCCUCGUCGGAGCCAUUCACCACCACCAAGUCAUGCUUUUCUUUUACAUGGUCAUCCUCUUCAUCGUUUUCCUCUUCCAGUUUGGCGUUUCCUGUUCUUGCUUGGCGAUGAACCGCGGACAGCAGGUGGUUCUUCUGAACUCCACCUGGGGGAUGUUGAACAAUAAAACCAAGGUAAACCUGGAGGACCAACUGGACUGCUGCGGCCUGCUGAACGUCUCCAAAAGCCGCUCACAGUUUGAAGAGGACGUGAAAAACUGCCACGCUCCAUGCAAAGCUGAAGGAAUCUGUCCAAGCUGCGGGGAUAAGAUGCUGAAUCAUGCAGCAGAAGCUCUGAAGAUCCUCGGGGGCGUCGGACUUUUCUUCAGCUUCUCGGAGAUCCUCGGCGUGUGGCUCGCCGUGCGCUACCGGAACCAGAAGGAUCCUCGAGCAAACCCGAGUGCUUUCCUAUAGUCUGCCCCUCGAGUCCCGCAGCAGACACUUGUUUUUCCUGCAGACACACUGGUACAACACACACACACACAAAGAGAGAGAGAAUGGACGAGUGCACAAAACGCACAACCACAACAACCCACUCAGAACUGGAUACUCGUGCAUGAACGGAUGACUGGUAACGCUGGUGAGUCUUACUGGUUCAGCCUUGAUUUGAGUCCCAGAGGUCCUGCAUGUUCCCCCCCAAACCCAACCAACACACACACGCACAUGCAAACCGACUCCAUCACUAAUAGCCUGUAUGCACCUUGAAACGUUCCUCCUGUCUCUAGCGUAGUAACAGCUAACGUUCCCCUCUGUCGGUGAAAUGCGCCAAACGAUGCGACGGAAAACGAGGCGUUGAAGCGGUGAUGUAAAGUAGUGUAAUUAUUUUACUCCCCAAACGCGUCGGCGGGGAGCCUAGGAGGUAGAUUUUUAGGUAGCAGUUGCUCGUCCCUUGGGUUAGUUUCAGAUGUUUGUGAACUGUAACUGAGCCAGCUAACUUUCAGUCAGCGACAUUCACAUGCCACAGACUGCAGCCUUCAUGUUGUACAUAUAUUCUUAUUUAAGAUACCGAAACGCUCAGUGGAUCGGCAGAAGUAGUCGUGUGUUUGAGCAGCGGCGUGGAGUUUAGAUCCUGCAACCGUAGGAAAUCACAGCGAAAACGGAUUCAUGUCGUUUAUUUCAGGAAAAUAAAAAUAAGAUAUUUUAGCCAAAGUGGCUUUUUUUUUUAUAUGGAGACUGAAGAGUGCCAAAUUACAAUGAAUAAAUAAAUUUUUGUUAUUGUUACUAACAACUAAAUUAUUAUUGACGUUAUUAUUUUUAAUGACAAUAUUACAAACUGUGACAAAGUGCUGAUAAAAUCAGUGAACAUUGAAAAUAUGGAAAGUACAAAAGACAUCAAUAAAACACUAAAACAGAAAUGAGUAAUGGCAAAAAUAUUAACAAUACUGUUGUUGCUAACAGCAAUAAUAAUUGUUGUUAUAGCAAUAACUAUUAUUGCUAUGACAGUAAUAGUUAAUAUUACUGUUAAUGACAAUAUUAAUAAAAAUAUUGAUAGUAAUAAUAAUGCUGUUAACUACAAUAUAAUUAAUACUACUACCAUUUUUAUUAAUAAUAAAUGGAAAUAAUUAUUAAAUGUUUUUCAUUUUUUUAAAUUGAAAAUAAAAACAGGAGUUUGUUAAAAAUAGAAUUGAUUAUAUGUGCCACAAUUAAUAGUAUUGAUUUUAUUUUAAAAACCAUAUAUAAUUAUGUCAUGUUCUUCUGCUGAUCGUGAUUUAAUUUAAACUGUAAAUUUCAUUAAACUCAAUGGGCGGGAUUAGUGGAAACCCUGAUGUCUGAUUGGCUAAGAGCUCAAGACAACUUCUUCAAGGUUUACUGUCAUUCUGGGUCAAUAUUGUCAGUGGAAAGUGAAUAAAUAACUUUAAUAAAUUAUUUACUAAACACUUUCAGGAUGAGCAUCUCCAGCCUUUCUACUUCUCAUUUGGUCUGAAAUAAGUUAAAAGAGAGCGCUAGCUGGUGUUAGUGGUGCUAACAUGUGUAGCAGCGUCACAGUUAGACCUUUGGUGAAAUUAUUAGAGAUAUUUAAGCCCAAACUAGAAAUAUAGAUGCUGGAGUUGUUCACCCACAGCUUGUAGUAAAUAAAUAACAACAAUUUAUUGAAAUUAUUUCUGCAUUUCCAGUGUAAAUAUUGACUCAGAGUCAAAUCAAACUUACAGGAAGUUGUCUUAACUGGCUGGUUGAAGCAGCCAAUCAGAUGCCAGAGUCUCACCUAAUCCCACCCACUGAGUUCUACAGGUGAAACUAAGUUAAUUUAAAAUAAUUUAUAAUCAAUGUAAUUGAGACACAAUUCUGUGUUUAUGCCCAGUUUUAAGACUAGUGACAAAUUUAAAUAUUUAUUUCACGGUUUAUUAUAAUUUGGCACUCUUCAUUCUCCAUAUUUUGCAAAUCUUUUUCUUUUAUUGUGUUAAUUGUGAUAAUGUGCUCCUUGUUGCUAUUUUAAAACCCUCAAAAACAACUAGUGUUGUUUUUUUUCUGUUGCCAUCAGUCUUUGUAUUCAUCAGUGUUAAAUGCUUUGUAAAAAUAUACGAAUAAUGCCUGUUGGAUAUUUUUAGAAUCUAUUUAAGUUUAGUGCACAUUAAGCAGAUGUUGUUAUAAUUUUCCUCGGUAUGUGACAUUUCCUGCUCAUGUGUUUUUAUUAUUAUGUUUGAUUUUAACUUAAAGGACUAAUGCGAGCUGUAAUGAAAUGUCUUACUUGAACCUGUCAUCUUUGCUGAUGUGGAUUUCUUGCUGCUGAUUUGGACUUGGUGUAAAUGUUCUGACAGACCCUAAUGCCAUAUAUUACAUGUAUCCACUUUGAAUUUCUGUGCACUUGUUAUUGAAAUGUAUGAAUUUUUGAGACUUAAUUUUCCAAAUAAUAAAACUUUAAACUGGAAAA